GAACAGGCAUCAGCACAUGGCUUUGCCUAACAAACUUAUCAGCUCCUCUUGUAUAAAUUAACUCUCUUCCUUGAUCAUCAAGCACAAGCACUAUCAAUUCAGCCAUCAAAACUCUCUAGAUUUCUUAUUUACUUUCUUGUUUUCAAUCUUCCGGAAAAGAAAAUGGCAAUGAUUAGUACCAAGAAACUCAUCAAAAUGGCUAGGAAAUGGCAGAAGUUUGCAGCCAUGCAGAGGAAGAGGAUUUCAUUUCCAAGAAAUGGCAGUACAUUCUCAUCACCUAUAGUUGAAAAAGGACAUUUUGUAGUAUAUACAGUCGAUCAAGUUCGCUUUGUCAUUCCAUUGGCUUACCUUGAAAAUGAAGUCAUUGAACAACUCUUAAACAUGUCCGAAGAAGAGUUUGGACUGCCGAGUGGUGGCCCUAUUACAUUACCUUGUGAUUCAGCCUUCAUGGACUACAUCAUUCCACUAAUAAACAAAGGCAUAGCUUCUGGAGAUCUUCACAAAGCGUUGCUCCUAUCAGUUCCUUCUUUUUGCUGUUCGACUUCUUCUUUGCACCAAGAAAGUGGAAACCAACAUCUUCUUGUUUGUUGAGUCAUAAUUAACAGUUUUCUAAUUACACUCUAGCUUAGAUAGGACAUAGGAUGAAGAACACAAUUGUAAAGCUCAUCAUACAGAUUCAAUAUUCAAUAUUAUCAGAGAAGAUUUACCAUA